GGAUCCAAACGGCAUUGUUCUGGAUUCCCAUCGUAACUUAAAGGGAAACUUUCACAAUGUCUGGAGCUCUUGAUGUCCUUAAGUUCCUGGCAGCAGGAACCCAUUUAGGUGGCACCAACCUUGACUUCCAGAUGGAACAGUGUAUCUAUAAAAGGAAAAGUGAAGGCAUCUACAUCAUAAAUCUGAAGAGGACCUGGGAGAAGCUUCUCCUGGCAGCUCGUGCCAUUGUUGCCAUUGAAAACCCUGCUGAUGUCAGUGUUAUAUCCUCCAGGAAUACUGGCCAGAGGGCCGUGCUGAAGUUUGCUGCUACCACCGGAGCCACUCCACUUGCUGGCCGCUUUACUCCUGAAACCUUCACCAACCAGAUCCAGGCAGCCUUCUGGGAGCCAUGGCUGCUUGUGGUCACUGACCCAAGGGCUGACCACCAGCCUGUCAUGGAGGCGUCUUAUGUUAACCUACCUACCAUUGCUCUGUGUAACACAGAUUCUCCUCUGCGCUAUGUGGACAUUGCCAUCCCAUGCAACAAAAAAGGAGCUCACUCGGUGGGUUUGAUGUGGUGGAUGCUGGCUUGGGAAGUUCUGCGCAUGCGUGGCACCAUUUCCCAUGAACACCCGUGGGAGGUCAUGCCUGAUCUCUACUUCUACAGAGAUCCUGAAGAGAUUGAAAAAGUAAAGCAGACUGCUGCCGAAAAGGCUGUGACCAAGGAGGAAUUUCAGGGUGAAUGGACUGCUCCACCUCCUGAGUUCACUGCUACUCAGCCUGAGGUUGCCGACUGGUCUGAGGGUGUGCAGGUGCCCUCUGUGCCUAUCCAGCAGUUCCCUACUGAAGACUGGUCUGCAGCUCCCACUGCUCAGGCCACUGAAUGGGUAGGAGCAACCACUGAAUGGUCUUAAGCUGUUCUUGUGUGGCCUCUUA